AUGGGUUCCUCCCAUAGUACUGAAGUGCCAGGAGGCGGCUCUGAAGGAUAUCAUGUUUUGCGGGUUCAAGAUGGAUCCCCAGGUCAAAAGGCGAAUCUGGAAGCUUUUUUUGAUUUUAUCGUAGCUAUUGAAGACACUAGACUAGAUCAGGAUAAUGAUACCCUGAAGGAGUUGUUAAAGAAAAAUGUCGACAAAACUAUUAAAAUGUUAAUUUACAGUAGUAAAACCCAAAUGGUCAGGGAAGUUAUGAUUACCCCAAGUGCUAAUUGGGGUGGUCAGGGCCUACUUGGGGUUAGCAUUCGAUUUUGUUCUUUUGAAGGUGCUAAUGAAAACGUCUGGCAUGUAUUGGAGGUGCAUCCGUCGUCACCUGCAGAGCUGGCUGGAUUAAGACCAUUUUCUGAUUAUAUAAUAGGAGCAGACUCGAUCAUGCAUGAGAGUGAAGAUCUAUUUACAUUGAUUGAGGCUCAUGAGGGUAGAGCUCUGAAGCUCUAUGUGUAUAAUGUAAAUGAUGAUACUUGCAGAGAAGUGCACAUCACACCUAAUCAUAAUUGGGGUGGAGAAGGCAGCCUAGGGUGUGGAAUAGGCUAUGGUUACCUGCAUAGGAUUCCAAUAAGAAGUGUACAGACAUUACCGCCAAACCAACCUUAUUCAGCUAGUGUGCCAAUGGGGUCCAACACUGUUAACAUUCAACAGAAUCUGAUACCAGGUGUACAAAAUUUAAACAUAGAUGAUGAUAAAACUCCUUUGAUGUCAGCACCUCAAGUGUCUAAUGUUCAAGCAGAGUAUCCACAGGGUGUACCUCCUCCUUUCCUGUCCGGAGUUCCCAUGGUCAACCCUGGUGGCUAUGUGUCCCCUCCUGGAGGUGUGACUACCAUACCUCCGCCUAUUACUCCUCAACAACAAACAGGACAGCAAGUUUUUUCUUCACAGCCGCCCAUGUCUCAAGCACAAUCAGUUGUAUCCAAUAUGGCGGCAUACUCUAGCAAUUUAGCAGAUGCAACAUUAACUAACCUGGGAAGUAUACCAUCUGUGUCAAAUAUGCAACCUCCAGCUCCACUGCCUAACUUACCUGGUAUCCCAAUGAACCAGCCUCAACCAUAUAUACCGAUUAUGCCAAACUAUACUGCAUCACAAGUACCCACAUCUGCAGCAUAUCCUCAAGCCGCGACAAACCUAGUUCCCACUUUUGACAUGAGCAACUUUGCCCAAACGCCAAUACAGCCACCUCCAAUCUCUAGUGGACUGCCCGUUGUCACUCCGGUGUCAUUGCCAGGAAUGCCAUCUAUCACAGUCAGCGCCACACUGCCUGUCUCCACUAUGCAGGAAAUACACCAACAACAAUCACAGCAGCACCAAGAUUUAUUAUCGUGA